CAGAAGGAGGAGAAUAAGCUUUUGUCGCUGCUGUGAAGAUUGAGCUUCACCCCAGACUGUAACUUCCUUCUGUCAAACAUCUAGUAUUUGAAGAUAGAAGUUUCAAAUCAACAAAUGAAGGACUUCUGCCCAAAACAUCAACACUCCUGCUCCUCAGAUGCUGCCUGACCUGAUGUGCUUUUCCAGCACACUUCUCGACUCACUGUACAGCAUCUGCAAUCCUUGUUUUGACAUCAAUAUCUGACAGUCACUCAAUCCAUCAGGACCUCAGCAAUUUUUAACUUAGAUUCUGUGAGAAGGAGCAAAGCUUUUUGGUUCCUGUUUCAGUACAUUUUCAGCAUCAGUGGGACUGGAUGAGAGACCCGACUGUUGAACCGCACUGAGUGUGGAGCAUGGAUGAGUGAUACGGCCUGGAACGAGGAAUUCACGGCGGGGAGGGGCUAUACACAUGUUUGUGUGCAGGUGAAGCUUUGGCCAUGGAGAAUCCCGAGGAAUCUCGCCCUGUGGAGAAACCGUGGAAGUGUGGCGACUGUGGAAAAGGCUUCCGUGUCCCGUCUGCCCUGGAGAUUCAUCAGCGCAGUCACACCAGGGAGAGGCCAUUCUCCUGCACAGAGUGCAGAAAGGGUUUUACCCAGGCCUCCACCCUGCUGAGGCACCAGCAGGUCCACACGGGGGAGAGGCCAUUCUCCUGCCCCGAGUGCAGGAAGGGCUUUACCCAGGCUUCCUCCAUGCUGAGGCACCAGCGGCGCCAUACGGGGGAGAGGCCAUUCAGGUGCCCUGAGUGUGGGAAGGGCUUUACCCGGGCCUCCAUCCUGCUGACUCACCAGCGGGUCCACACUGGAGAGAGGCCAUUCCCCUGCCCAGAAUGCAGGAAGGCCUUCAGCAAUUCCUCCCACCUUCUGACCCACCAGCGUGUCCACACGCGGGAGAGGCCCUUCAGCUGUCCCGAGUGUGGGAAGAGAUUCAGUCAAGUGGGCACCUUGCGGAAGCACCAGCUGCUCCACGCCGGGGAGAGGCCCUUCAGCUGCCCCGAGUGCUGGAAAGCUUUCAGCGAUUCCUCUGCCCUGCUGAGGCAUCAGCUAGUCCAUACCGGGGAGUGGCCUUUCAGGUGCCCCGAGUGCGGGAAGGGCUUUAGCGAUUCCUCUAAUCUCCAGACCCACCAGCGGGUCCACACGGGGGAGAGACCCUUCAGUUGUCCCGAGUGCGGGAAGGCCUUCAGCGAUUCCUCUAAUCUUCAGACCCACCGGCGGGUUCACACGGGGGAUAGGCCCUUCAGUUGCCUCAAGUGCAGGAAGGCCUUCAGCAAUUCCUCCGACCUGCUGAAGCACCAGCGGGUCCACACAGGGGAGAGGCCAUUCUCCUGCCCUGACUGCAGGCAGGCCUUCGGUGAUUCCUCUGCCCUGCUGACCCACUGGCAGGUCCAUACAGGGGAAAGGCCCUUCAGCUGUCCUGACUGCGGGAAGGCCUUCAGCAAAUCCUCUGACCUGCUGAAGCACCAGCGGGUCCACACGGGGGAGAGGCCGUUCUCCUGCCCUGAGUGUGGGAAGGCCUUCAGCUAUUCCUCUGCCCUGCUGGCCCACCGGCGGGUCCACACCGGGGAAAGGCCCUUCAGCUGCCCAGAGUGUGGGAAGACCUUCAGCAGUUCCUCCUACAGGCUGAACCACCAACGGGUCCACACAGGUGAAAGGCCUUUCAGCUGUUUAGAGUGCGGGAAGGCCUUCAGCAAUUCCUCCAACCUGCUGACCCACCGGUGUGUCCAUACAGGGGAAAGACCCUUCAGCUGCCCAGAGUGUGGGAAGACCUUCAGCAGUUCCUCCUACAGGCUGAACCACCAACGGGUCCACACGGGUGAAAGGCCUUUCAGCUGUUUAGAGUGCGGGAAGGCCUUCAGCAAUUCCUCCAACCUGCUGACCCACCGGCGUGUCCACACGGGGGAAAGACCCUUCAGCUGCCCCGAGUGCGGGAAGGCUUUCAACAGUUCCUCCCACCUGCUGACCCAUCAGCGGUUCCACACUGGGGAGAGGCCGUUCCCCUGCACCGUGUGCAGGAAGGCUUUUAGCAAUUCCUCCAACCUGCUGAACCACCAGCGGGUCCACACGGGUGAGAAACCCUUCACCUGCUCUCAGUGUGGGAAGGGUUUCACCCGCUCCUUCAACCUGCGGAGCCAUCAGCGAGUUCACGUGCCAUCGCAGGAAGAUUGAAGGAGCAACGGGUUGGAGGGGUUGGUGGCGGUGGUGUUGGGUGGGGAGAGUGUGUGCGCUUUGACCUUGAGCUGUUUUUAAAAAAACCUACUUUUUCUAUGCCUUUUUGCUGGGGGGGGGAAUCUGAAUCUGUAACAAAGUUGGGUCACACUAAAGGUUACCUGAACUUAACAUCGGGCUCAGGCUCUCAUUGAAAGCUUUGAGCUCCAAAUGGUUUUUGUUUUAAAGCUGCUCAUUUCUUUCAGCCUCCUGCACUAAGUUUCCAAUGCUGUGUAUCAGAUGGAGCAGUGAAUGAGUAGCUACUAUCGUUAAAAAUUGUAAAUUUUUCAGGAGUGCAGGUGCUGCACCAUUUCAUCAGCAUUGUAAAGUUUACUGGCAGCAGUAAAGGGUGUGGGCCGUGUUCACUAAAAACGAUGUGGAGGAGCCGGUGUUGGACUGGGGUGGGUAAAAUUAAAAAUCAUAGUUAAGUUAAAAAGCACCAGGUUAUAGUCCAAUAGGUUUAUUUGGACGCACUAGCUUUCAGAGCGCUGCUCCUUCAUCGGGUAGCUGUGGAGCAGGAU